GACCCAAACACAAAGCAGUGAGGGCUAUGGUGGGUGCAGACGUACGAGGACCUGCAGCAAGCUCAUUCCCCCUGUGACUGACCGCGGUGUUUCUGUGUGAGAGAAGAUGUCUGUGGACGAGGUGUUUGUGUUCCGGCCCUUCAAGCUCAUCGCGCUGCUCUGCAUCUUCCUCGCCCUCUGUCUGGACGUGGUGGCCCUGCUGAGCCCAGCCUGGGUCACCGCGGAGCAUUUCUCCCUGUCUCUGUGGGAGUCCUGCUCACUGUCCGAGGCACGCAACCCCGCAGAGGAGGCUCAGUGGAGCUGCUUCUCCACGCUCACAUCUGACUGGCAGAUUGCCACCUUGGUGCUGCUGGUAGCCGGGGCCGUGGCUACUCUGCUGGCCUUUCUGGUCGCCCUGAUCUCCCUCUGCCGGGGGACACAGAGGCGGCACUAUCGCACUGUGGCUGUGCUCCUCUUCACUGCAGUGGUCCUGCAGGCCUGCGCUCUGGUGCUCUACCCGAUCAAGUUCAUCGACGGCACGGUUCUUCAGACCUAUCACGAGUUCAACUGGGGCUACGGCCUCGGCUGGGGAGCCACCAUCUUCAUGUUGGGUGGCGGGAUUCUCUUCUGCCUUCGGACGGACGUAUACGAGGAUGGCAUGUACUGAGUGCUUUCUCAAACUGCUGGAAGCGCACACCUAAACAUACACACACACACUCAGAAUUCCCAUACAGGAGGUGUGCUACUUUUACUUCCCUCUGCACACAGCUAAUGUGCACAGACCCAGUCCCCCUCUCUCUCUCUGUUAUUUUUAGACAGGUUGUAAAGGCCUAAUUUAGGCCAUGGCUGUAUGAAUAGGAGCCCCAGCACCCCUCCUCCCACGCACCUCAGCCCUGCCGGUAUCAGGGACAGUGGCAGAGCUGAAGCAAAGAGAGCUUUCUGGACAAACAGCCACAGAUGCUGGACGUUUCCACCGCAUAUUGACCUGGAUCUCUUUUGUUAGAGAAGCGGAACAGUAGACACUUACCUGAAUGUGCAGUGACUGAACAUUUAAACUCAUCUCCACAUUUCCUUUUUUAUUCUUUUGUAGCAUUUCACAAGGACAAGCUCUUUCUUGUAUUUAUGGUAUCCACUUUAUAAAUAUCAAAAACGUGAUGAACUUCCCCCCGCUGUGUUUCCUAGCUGAAACAUAUCUAGUAAUGCUAAGCUUUCCGAUGUUAGAAAGGUCAUUUAAAACGCCUCGAAACAUGCUACAGCUCUUGAGUGUUUAUAGUUUGUUUUCAAACUAGUUUGUCUCAAAUGAAAAAAUGUAAAUGUGUACAAAGUAUUUCUACAUGAAGGAGAACCCAGAAUAAACAAUUGUAGUUUUGA